CGUUUUUUCCGGCGAGCUGUCCCCCAAACACUCUUCCCGUCAAAAUCAUUUGGACUUACUAUCCGCCACCAUUCUCAUUACAAAUUAGCCGAACGGAAUACAAUUUCAUAAACAACUCGUGGGAUUCUACCAAAUGGGCAGCAUCGGCGAGACCACGGAGCCGGUGAUCGACUUGCAGGACUUUCCGGCGCAGUCAAGAAAGCUGAUAGAGGCGUGCGAGGAGUGGGGAUGCUUCAGGGUCGUCAACCACGGCGAGAUUCUUCCGGCGUCGCUCAUGUCGGAGAUGAAACAAGUGGUGAAGUCGCUGUUCGAUCUUCCGGUGGAGAUCAAGAGGAGAAACAAACAUGUUCUUCCCGGCAGCGGGUAUGUCUCCCCGACUCCGAUCAAUCCACUCUACGAAGCUUUUGGGCUCUACGAUAUGUCGUCUCCUCAAGAUGUUGAAGCCUUCUGUACUGACCUCGAUGCCUCGCCUCACCAAAGAGAGACCAUAGUGAAGUAUGCUAAAGCUGUGAAUGACUUGAUGAGGGAGAUUGGGCGAAGAUUAGGAGAGGGGAUGGGUUUGAAAGGCGGUGAUCUUUUCGAAGGAUGGCCUUGCCAGUUCAGAAUAAACAAGUAUCAUUUCACCCCCGAGAAUGUAGGCUCUUCUGGGGUGCAGAUACACACAGACUCGGGAUUCCUUACUGUCCUCCAGGAAGACGAGAGUGUAGGUGGACUGGAAAUCAUGAAUAAAUCGGGCAAUUUUGUGGCUGUUGAUCCCUGCCCGGGUAGCCUCCUACUUAACCUUGGAGACAUGGCUGCUGUUUGGAGCAAUGGGAGAUUUUGCAAUGUGAGGCACAGGGUGAUGUGCAAAGAAGCAGCAAUUCGGGUAUCAAUCGCCUCGUUCCUUCUGGGACCGAGAGAGGCUGCCAUAGAAACACCAUUGCAGUUUCUCGGGUCUGAUCACCUCCCCCUUUAUGCUCCCAUCACUUACGAAGACCUUAGAAAGCUCCGGCAGGUGAACAACAUGCAUGCCGGGGAAGUUCUUGCUCUCUUGCGCUCUGACGCUUAGAGACUUGGGGCGGGUUUUCAACUCGCUUUUUCGUGUUUUGGGUACUGGAAUUCAGCAAGAACAUUAGGCAAUUUGUUCUAACUGGCCAAACAUGAUGUGAUCAAAGUGGCUUAAGUGUUGGAACCCUUAAGCUUGUUUGAUAGCUUAUCUCCAGCCUAUGUGCACUUGUAAUAAUGAAGUUGAUAAAUGAAAGUCUGAAGCUUCAUUCUUUCAAUAAACUGAAAAUUUGUGAA